GUAGCUUAGAAGAACAUGGGUUGGUUCGUCGUUUUUGUCUUGUUUAUCUCCGUUUUUUUUGCAGGAUUUUCAUUCAGGUCACUGUUUCUCUAUGUAAUCCUUGCCAGCGCAAGCUUUGGCUUGACGCACAUUUUUCUCACAAAUAAAUGGGGACUGGAUGGUUUAUUUGAAGAGCUGUUCAAAAUUGUCGAGUUCUUUGGUUUUGGAGCACCCCAUCGCUUGGAAAACAGGAUCUCUUACUCAUCUUUCUACACUGAUGGUGGUUUUCGCAGCCUUAAUGAGAUUCCGAAACCCUUAGAGAAAUGUUUCAAAAGGUUGAUCGAGAACAUCAUCCGCGACUUUAUCCUUACAUGGUACCACAAUGUCGGAGAGGAAAAGCGAUUCAUCUCUGAAGCACGAGAAUCACUAGAGAUGUUGUGUUUGGAGGGAUACAGGCGGGCUUCGCAGAUUGAUUCGCAUUACUUGAUCGAACAAGUCAUCGUGGUUUUUCACGGACAUUUGGAGAGGUUUAACGAAGCAAUGGCGAUCGUGAAAGCGAAAAACCCUAAACUCAGAUUGAGCAUUAGUUCUUCCCAACUGCUCUGUCAAACCUACGUAUCACAACUGGCUUCCAAACCGCCAUCGCUUUCAAAACCGGCGGCAGAACUCAGCUACUUAAGGAAUGUUAUUGAUUCACUGCUCGUUACGAUGAUUCCCAAGGACAAGUACAGCUGUGAUGCUGGGAGAUUUAUUUUGAGAGAGAUUUUAACCGUUCGAGUUGUGGAACCUUUGGUUGGACUUUUAACUGAUCCUGAUUGGAUAGGCGAGGCAGUGAUUGACAUUCUCUCUGAUGAUGAGAAUGGGAAAGUGAGCAAGUCAACGGAUGGUGAUACUCUGGUUGUGAAGGAAAGUGAUAGUUUGGAUGAUGCUGUUGAACCUGAUUUGUCAGAAGAGAUACAUCCUCUGUCCUUGGUGGAGAAUGCAACAAGAGUAACUGCGGCUGCUCAAACAAAACCACAAAAAGAAGAAAUGAUGAAAAUGCCAAGGAAAGAAUCCAUGGAGGAUGUGGGGGAAAGAAUUGAAAUAAUGUCACCAGGACAUUGUGAAGAAAAUUCUGAUUUCCGCUGGUCAGUUAGUUCACAGAGACAGCCGCCUGUUGGAGAGAGUCAACAUGAUAACACAGAAUCAUUUCUGGUUAUUUCAGUUGAUGAGAGUGGAGAAAGCAGCCUGGAGGAGCAUACUCCAAAUGGAAGGAACUGGUCUACAGAGGUUGUCCCUCCAUCAUCUGUGGACAACCUGACAUCCUGUAGUUUGUCCUCUUCAUGGAGCGUCUGCCCAUCGUCACAAGAUGAAUCUUUCAAUACGCCAAGUUUUGAAGAUAUGAAGUCAAAUCUCCCAAAGUAUGAAGGUAAUGUUGAUGUGGGAACAAAACUUGGAGAAUUUGGUCACAGCUUGAAAGAACUGACUUGCUGUCACAAGUUUGAAGAGAGUGGUGACACCUACCGACCCAUGUCAAUGGUUGCAGAAAGAGGGAGUAGUGAUGAGGGGUCUGACAUGGAGGAACCAUGCCCAAGACUUAGAAACAGAAGUCUGUCACUUCCAGGAUGUGAUGAAAUGUUUGAAAAUAAAUCUUCGUUCUAUCCUUGCCAUAGUGAACUCUCAAGGUCUGUGAGUGUUCCUACCAAGCUCUCAUUUGCAGAUUUUGAUGAGCAAGAUAUUCAAAAGUUUUCCACUCCAGCCAGCCCGAGAGGGUUUUAUGGCUCUCCACUGUAUAACACAGGCUUUGGUAGUGGCACAGACAGUUUUAAGUCAAUUUCCAGUCAAGAGGAUCUUUUAGAUACUUAUAUUGAGAGAGGUGAGGAAGCAGUAGAACAUUGUGAAGAUUUUGACUCAUACAGGUUUGAUUCUCCUUGGACUGGUGCCAGGCAUAGAAUAACUAAGCAAGCUUCCUUUGAGGAUUCCCAUGACAAACAAACAUCUAAUAAUUUACCUACAGUUGAUUUAACUGGUUCUAAAGAGACAUCUUCACCAUUCAACAAAGACAAAUUUAGAGCUGAAAAAAUAGCAUUACAAAGUAAGAAGGACUCUCCAGGAUUAGAUGACAUCAGAGAAUCAUCUUGGGAAGCUGCAGACAAAGGUCCCCCUGAUGACGAUGCAGUUAGCCGCCGGAAACGUUUACGCCUGGGAUUUGGAGCACAGAAUGCAGAGUCUUUUAGUGAUGCAGUUCUUACUGCUGGCAAGAAAUUUGUAUCAAAUUUCAAACCGCCAUUUAAAUUUGACAGUCUUAGCAGUAGUAGCAAUGGUAGUGCAAAAUCAACAGAAGCAAGUACAACUUCUGAAGGUGAAUUGCUGGAUCAUUCUUCAAGGACUCUACAGAAACUCAUAGCGAUAAAAAAGUCCUUAGAUGCUGGAAGAGUCUGAUCAGCAACAUUUGGAGGAAGAAAAUUGUCAAGAAGUGAUGCUAUGAUUGAAGAAUCCAUUGACAGUGAUGGAGAGACCUGUUAUGGGACACCUCAAGAGGAACUGGCAGAAGAGAUUAUGGAAGUCGGCAACGCGGAAGAAACAGUGGAUGGUAGAAACCUAAGGAGUGUUAAAAGAAUGCACCCAAGUCAGCUUAUUUCCAUUCCUAGCACUGUCGUAGCACUGGAGACAACUUGGGAACCAGGAAGAAAUAAAUACACACUUUACAAAAUAGAGUAUGACAUUAGGAUAUGGUAUGAGGUUUACAAUGCAGCAAUAAGGCAAGCAAAAGAUGAGGCCAAAAAAGAAAAGAUGAAAAGGAAACUGUAUGCAAGAGAGAAUGAACCAGAAGAUGAAGAACUUUCCUUGGAGGCAAUCAAGAGCAGGGUUCCACUGAAACGCAUGAUAAACAGAAGAUAUCGAGAAUUCAUGGAGCUGCAUAACCGUCUCACAGCUGGAAAACUUGGCAUCCACAUGAAAGAUAUUCUAAAGCCAAACAGGAAGUACAAUCUGCCAUUUGGAAGACUUGAUCCUCACGUAGUGGAAGGAAGGAGGGAACUUUUGCAGUAUUACUUAGGGAGCCUAAUAUGCAAACCACCACUGCGAGAUAGUGAAGACCUUAAACAGUUUCUUGGUGUGACUGGAGGAGAACAAGUAUCUUUUAUCAAACCCAGUGUAGCACAGAUUGUAAGCCAGUCAGUUCAUGUACCACGAGUAGACAAGAUGCUAAGCCGACAGAUGACCAAAGUGAUUGACACCAUCAAGACAGCUUUUGAUUCAGCUGAGGAAGAACAGACCACACCCGAGGACUACUCUACUGCAGCAAGUGAAAAUGCAGUUCUUCCUUGGAAAUUAGCAAAUUAUGAAGAUGUCCCUGACAGAGGCACUGAUUUCAACCAAGAGAACUGUUUGAUGUUAUUCUACUACUCUGCAUUUCUUGCCAACCAAGAGGAGUGCAGCCUGCCCACACCACCAUCUCCAAUCCACUCUCUCUAUGAAGAAAAACAAGAGAAUGGCAUUGAACAAGAUGGGCUGCAACUCUGGGAAAAGAAGUGGAAACAUAAAGUGACACCUUCUGAUUUGGAGGAUGAAGCUGUUGGCUGGGAUACUAAUCACCAAGUGCACCAGUCGUUAGGUCCUCGGACAGCUGGUGACGGAAGUGAUAAUCCUGAUGACCCUGUUGCAUUGUCCUCAGACAACCAAUCUGCAUCUGCAUUACAUCUGGGAUUCCACCAGAGAGGACGGUCAGGGGCUUUAUUAAAGAAGCAUAAAGCUGAUUUGCCAUCAAGCACCCCUGCAGUGGUACACAGGCCUCUUGGACUCUCUCUGAGUCAGCCGGAACCCAGAAGUAAGUCUGUG